AUGUUUGGAUCUGGAGAGAGGCGGCAAAGGAUUGAGUCCCGGCGGGUGACAGCUGAUCCGGAGUAGGAGUCUGGAGAGACCUGCAGGACACCGUCUGACCCCGCAUCCCCCGACCCGAAUCCUCGCUCGUUUUAUUACCUCGAUCUCAGGCAGACAUGGGGCAGAAGUCGGACCAGCUGCUUAUUGUGGUUUCCAUCUUAGAGGGGCGUCAUUUUCCGAAGCGCUCAAGGCACAUGCUUAUUAUUGAGGCAAAGUUUGAUGGAGAACAGCUGAUGACAGACCCAGUACCUCACUUGGAUCAGCCACACUUUGCCACAGAACUUGCCUGGGAACUGGACCGGAAGGCACUCCAUCAACACAGGCUUCAGCGAACCCCUAUUAAGCUUCAGUGCUAUGCUUUGGAUACGUUGACAUCAGCAAAAGAGUCGGUUGGUUAUGUGGUGUUGGACAUGAGAGUUGCCCAGGAAAAAAAACAAGCUCCAAAAUGGUAUUUAUUACUGAGCAGUAAAUAUAAGAAAUGCAAACCAGAAGUGCAGCUCAGCAUUACGCUGGAAACGGACACCAAACCGGAAGUGGAGGGUUUCAAAUCGAAGGAAGCUCCCCCAAGAAGUAAAGCGCCCAGGCAACUGGCUGGAAUUGAGCCGAAUAGCCUUGUACCUAUCUUAAACGAAGCAGAAGGAUACUAUCAGAUUGGACCAAUUGACUACUGUAGGGACAGCUUUGUGUUUUCUGUAACAGUGGCCUUCGCGACACAGUUAGAGCAGUUAAUUCCUAGCAAUAUGAGGCUGCCAGCGCCACAGCCAGAAUUUUUCUUUUUCUACUCGUUACUUGGAAAUGACAUCACCAGCGAACCUUUCACUGAUUUGAUCAACCCGAACUUUGAGCCGGAGAGAGUGUCUCUGAGGAUUCGGAGCAGUCUGGAAGUGCUCUGCAUGUAUCUUUCUGUACAGCCUAAUCUUCGGAUCCAUCUUUGCUGCGGGGAUCAGUCUCUUGGAAGCACAGAUAUCUCUUUAACGGGACUGGUGAAGAAAGCCAGCACAGGAAUAGAGCGCCACCCUGUGGUUAUUGAAGGUGCUUUCGUCCUCACUCCACCUAAUCGAGCAAAGCAGAACCUGUCAUCUGUUCCGGUAGAAAUGUCACCAACUAUUGGGGUCUCCAUUGCUCUCCAGGAGGAAGUUAUAGAAAGCACACAUUACCAUCAUAAAGAACACCCAGAUAGCGGUGACAUGAGAAAGGUACCAUCCACACCUCCACGACAGCCUGCAGGCUCACACGAAAAUGGUUUGCCGACGCUAUUCGGCGAUUCUCCUCCAACCAAAGAUGAUGCCACAGAAAGUGAAGUUGAAAGCUUAAAAUCUGAUAAAGAUCUGCAAGCAGAGCUGGCGUCUUCUAAAUAUAUUGACUCAAAGUCUCCAGUGCCUUCUCAGCGUCCCGCAUCAGUUACACGUUCGGAACCGCCCGUCUUCCAGACCGUUUCAGAUGUUUCUAGAAGUGUUUCUGAAUCUGCUUCAGGGCAGAGAAUAGCAGUGCCUCCCGCAGCUCACCACUUCUGCUUCGGGAUUGAUUUGACGAGCAUCCUGAACCUAGACGUCUCCUUCCCUGUAAACUGUGUACUGAGAUACGCCUACCCGUUUUUUGGCAGUGCAGCUCCGAUCAUGACGAACCCCCCAGUGGAAGUAAGAAGAAAUAUGGAGGUCUUUCUCCCGCAGUCGUACUGUGGGUUUGAUUUUGCUAGCCUGCCAAAUCAACUGCAAGAUACAUUCUCCAGGUUACCACUGCUUGUUGAAGUGUGGCACAAGGAUAAAACCACAAAAGACAUGCUUCUUGGUGUGGCCAGACUUAACCUUUCUAAUGUUCUAACUUGUGAAAAAAUGGCUUUCAUAAAUCCUCAAGGUGAUCAAUGCUGGCGACAAACCUUUAGCAGCAGGACCCCUGUUAUAGCUUCAGAAGGAUCCAACAAAGUGGCCGAGCUUUCGUACGUCAUUACGCUGGAGGACCAUGGUCUUGUGAAAGUAAGGGAGGUUGUCGUUUCUGAAUCAUCUCAGAGCUCUGCACCUAGAAAAGCUUCUCCUACACCCCAGCCUCCUCAGACUCUAGAAGCCAUCACCGAGCCUAGAGUGACUCUUGAAUACCAAGCUGCUGUGGAACUGCAAAUGUGGAAAGAAAUACAAGAAGAGCUUUUCCUUAAUCAGCUGAAGAAAAAAGAACUGGCCAACAUGCAGGCCCUGGCCGAGGAAUGGAAACGAAGAGACCGCGAGCGGGAAGCUCUAGUAAAGAAACAGGUAGCUGAAUACAAGGCUCUAGAGGAGCAGUUACAAAAAGCCUCGGCAGACUUGGAGAAAAGAGAACAGCAGCUUACAAGUGAAGAGAUUGAGCUGAAGAAAUUAAAAGCAGAACUCCAAUUAGAGGGCGAGCGUAUUCUUCAGGAGCGGCAAGACUCCAUCAGGCGAGUUCGAGAAGACUGUAUACAUCAAAUAGAACGGGAAAGGUCAAAGGCCAAGCAGCUGGAAGAGGACAAGCUGCGCCUGCAACAGCAGCUUCAGGAAGCAGAACACAAGCAUAAAUUACUGGACAAGGAAUUCCGACUUUAUAAGGAGCAGCAAAGCGGCAAACCAGAAAUCCGAUUACAGUCUGAAAUCAAUCUCCUCACACUAGAAAAGGUUGAGCUUGAAAGAAAGUUGGAGUCUGCCAUAAAAUCUAAACUACAUUACAAGCAACAGUGGGGUAGAGCCUUAAAGGAGCUGGCGAGGAUAAAACAGCGUGAGCAAGAGAAUGCCAUGGCCCGACUGAAGAAGCAGCAGGAAGAACUUGAACAAAUGAGGCUACGCUAUUUGGCAGCUGAAGAGAAAGAUGUCGUAAAGACAGAGCGUCAGGAACUUGAAGAAAUCAGAAAUGAGCUUAACAGGCUGAGGCAACAAGAAGAAAGAAAGCAGCCCCGUGAUUCCGGUGGCAAUGUGAAUGGGAGAAUGGAUACCUCUCGGGGUAAACAGGACGACGGUUUAGAAGAUUACCUUACCCGGCUAAUAGAAGAAAGGGACACGUUGUUAAGAACUGGAGUGUAUACCCAUGAAGAUCAUAUCAUAAGCGAACUGGACAGACAGAUUAGAGAGGCAAUGGCUAAAAGGAGCCUUAGAUAAUGUAGUUGCAAGUAAUUCUACCUCUUUUAUUGGCCUUCAGCAGAUUGAUUGGACCCCAAAUAGAGUCCAUUCCUCUGCUGUGCCUUGCAGUGUGUCACUGUCACUACAGCACCACUCAUUUUUGUAAACCACAAUAUUUGUGGAUUCAGCAAUAAAUAUAUAUUUUUCUAAAAUGUUAAUUUAUGUUUUCAAUAGUAUGUCACUUGUUUUUUU